AUGGUUAAUAAUCGCUCGCGCGAAGUAAUAUCCAUUCAUGUCGGUCAAGCUGGUGUUCAAAUGGGCAAUGCCUGUUGGGAACUCUAUUGCCUCGAACAUGGCAUUAUGCCGGAUGGAAUAAUGUCCGAAGAGGAUAGCUUGGGUGUGGAAGACGACUCAUUCAACACAUUUUUCUCGGAGACUAUGUCUGGCAAACAUGUGCCACGAGCAAUUAUGGUCGAUCUCGAGCCUACUCCAAUUGAUGAAAUUCGUACGGGAACUUACAAGAACUUGUUUCAUCCGGAGCAGUUACUAACUGGAAAGGAUGAUGCUGCCAAUAAUUAUGCUCGCGGUCAUUACACCAUUGGAAAGGAAAUAAUUGACGUUGUGAUGGAUCGUGUCCGAAGGCUUGUUGAAGCUUGCCGAGGUCUUCAGGGAUUUCUUGUUUUCCACUCAUUUGGCGGAGGCACUGGAAGUGGAUUCACUGCUUUGCUUAUGGAAAGACUUUCUGUGGAUUAUGGAAAGAAAAGCAAAUUGGAAUUCUGCAUUUAUCCCGCUCCCCAGGUCUCCACUUCAAUGGUCGAACCGUACAAUUCUAUUCUGACGACUCACACCACAUUGGAGCAUUCGGACUGUUCAUUUAUGGUAGAUAAUGAGGCUAUUUAUGACAUCUGCCGUCGUAAUUUGGAUCUUGCAAGACCAACGUAUACAAACUUGAACCGUUUGAUCGCCCAGGUUAUCAGUUCGGUAACAGCUUCAUUGCGAUUCGAUGGUGCGUUGAAUGUGGAUCUCACCGAAUUUCAAACCAACUUGGUUCCAUAUCCGCGGAUUCACUUCCCUUUGACAACCUAUGCACCAGUGAUUUCUGCAGAAAAAGCUUACCAUGAGCAGAUGACGGUGGCGGAAAUUACACAACAAUGCUUUGAGCCGGGUGCGCAGAUGGUGAAAUGUGACCCAAGACGUGGAAAAUAUAUGGCUUGUUGUUUGCUUUUCCGUGGUGAUGUUGUACCAAAAGAUGUGAACGCGGCAAUUGCCGCUGUAAAAACGAAACGCUCAAUCCAAUUCGUCGAUUGGUGCCCCACAGGAUUUAAAGUCGGCAUCAAUUAUCAGCCUCCCACCGUGGUUCCGGGCGCCGAUCUCGCGAAGCUACAGCGUGCCGUAUGUAUGUUGUCGAACACAACGGCGAUUGCAGAAGCUUGGGCGCGUCUUGAUCAUAAAUUCGAUUUGAUGUACGCGAAAAGAGCAUUUGUUCAUUGGUACGUCGGCGAAGGAAUGGAUGAAGGCGAGUUUAGCGAGGCUCGCGAGGAUUUGGCAGCAUUGGAGAAGGAUUAUGAGGAAGUUGGACUCGAUGCUGGAGAGCCUGAUGAUGAAGACGAUUACAGCCAAUAUUGA